AUGGGCAACAAGCAAACCGUCUUCACUCAUGAGCAGUUGGAAGAGUAUCAGGACUGCACCUUCUUCACCAGGAAGGAGAUCAUGAGGCUCUUCUACCGCUACCAGGACCUGGCCCCCCAGCUGGUCCCCCUCGACUAUACCAGCUGCCCCGACGUGAAGGUGCCAUAUGAGCUCAUCGGCACCAUGCCCGAGCUGAAGGACAACCCGUUCCGCCAGAGGAUUGCCCAGGUCUUCUCCGAGGAUGGGGAUGGCCACAUGACCUUGGACAACUUCCUGGACAUGUUUUCUGUGAUGAGUGAAAUGGCUCCCCGUGACCUCAAAGCCUACUAUGCUUUCAAAAUCUAUGACUUCAACAACGACGAUUACAUCUGCAUGUGGGACCUGGAGCAGACGGUGACCAAGCUGACGCGGGGGGAGCUGAGCGCCGAGGAGGUGAGCCUGGUGUGCGAGAAGGUGCUGGAUGAGGCCGACGGGGACCACGACGGGCGGCUGUCCCUGGAAGACUUCCAAAACAUGAUCCUGCGGGCGCCCGACUUCCUCAGCACCUUCCACAUCCGCAUCUGA